CACUCCACUCGCCAGCGCGUGGUUUCUUGAACAUCCUUCACGCUCUGCAACUGCAUAUCCCCUUUCAUUUUUCUCUGCUGGGUUUUGCAGAAGAAAGAGAAAAAAAAAAAAGCUUUCAGGGGCAUCGUCUCGAGCUUCAUUCUCUUGGUUAUCGCGAUCAUACGACGUCCUCCUGUCCGAUUCCAUCCCCUUUUCCCCUUCCCUUUCCCCGCUUUUGAGGACUGUUCUGUAUCUGCUCUUUCUGCUCUGUUUUCACUUCUCCUCUUUGAUUUCCCUUUUUUCUUGUUUGGUCACCGGCUGUUUCUGUUCCUGAAUCUCUGUUUGUUUAUGGGUUUUGCGUGUGGAAGGUGAUGGGGCUUACUGAGUCAGAACUGGGUCAGAACGAGUCAGGGGAAUGAGCGAGUGGUGGCUGUUUUUAAUAGUUUUGGCACUGUCGCUUCAUUGUUUCCUAGUGCCCUAUUGAACUUUAAUCUUUCGUUUUAUCAGAAACCCUUUCUGGGAUUUUUUUGUUUUCUUGUCUGCAGGUCCCAUUUCGCCAUUAUUGUACUGGUUUCCAUUUUUCUUUAGGUUGUUCUUUUUUGGCUUUCGUGAUAAUCUUGCAUUUGCUGGUUGUUUGGUAUUCUUUCUGGGAACCUGUUUUAUUGAGCACUGCAGCCUAUUUUUGGACGGUCUUCCUGUUUUUCUCUCGCUUUUUGGUUCUUUUGAUGGGGGGUGAUUCUAAUAUUUUGGUGGGUUAUCGAGAAAAUGCGGGCGAGUUUGAAGGUUCAGAGUGUGUUUUUGGGAUUUGUAUGAACAAUGUGGAGGAAGCUUUUGGGAAGAACUGGGGGAAGGGGGGGUUUUUGGGGUUGAGGAGGGGAUUUUGGUAGACUGAAGAGCAUCAAGUUGCAAGUUAAGGGUUUCAACUCUGUUGGAGUUUUGGGGUUUUUUUUUAGAUAUUAAUGGAAAAUACAGGGAGAGCAUCGUCUUGUUUAGCUAUUUCAGAGAAGAAGACGCAUAAGCCUGGUGGUUGUGUUGGCAUUUUCUUCCAGCUUUUUGAUUGGAACCGGAGGUUGGCUAAGAAGAAGCUCUUCUCCAGGAAAUUGCUUCCUCCAGCUCGUGCACAACAAGUAACUAAGAAGUUCAAAGGAGGUGAAAAGAUGCCGGCUUCAAAAAAUCAUUUGAUUGCUGAUGAAAAUAGAGGCGGUUUCCCAAAUGUGAAGAAGAAUGGAAAUCAUUGUACAGACAUAGGCCACAAAAAUGAAAUGCGAGUACCAGGACUGGUUGCUAGACUCAUGGGACUUGAGGCCAUGCCUGUUAUAAAUCGAGAUAGGCCGAGGAAAACUGGUUUUUCCAAUCCUUGUGAUAAUGCAGAAAAGAAUAUAGUGGAGGAUAUGAAUUUUGAAAAAGUAAGUGUAAAAAUUGAAGCAAGGCCUCUAAAGCUUCAAAAGACAGGAAUGGAGGAAGGAAAGGUGAUGAGACGAAUAGGAGCCGAGGUACUACAGUAUAAGAGUGUUAUGUCACGGUCAAGGAAGCAUCCUUCUCCUCCAAAACUUCCUUCAUCAACAAAAAGUCCAAGGCUUCCCUCUGGUAGGAAUGUGUCUAGAGCAUCCCGGUUGAUUGAUGUUGCCAGCAAGAUAUUGGAGCCUAGUCUGCAGAUAUCGAACAGAGCAAAAUCCGCAAUCACACUUCCAAAGUCUAUGCAUCAUUCUCCCAAUGAGGUUAUAUCGAGGGAAAUGAAAGUUUUACCAGAGGAAGGUUAUGGUUUGUCAAAGUCCACGGGGCAGGCAUCAUGUAAAAAUUGCAAUAAUUUGCUGAAAGUUGAGGUCUUCAAUCAUGGUGUGGAAGAAUACAAAUCUGCAAUUCCACCCCUCAAUUCAACUUAUGGCAAUACAUCUUUAAAGGGUUCAGGAUGGAGUAAAACAACAAUCUCUGAAUCACUACUCCAACAAGAAAGAGAUGAAAUCCUCCAAACAAAUUGUGAUGUUCCUAAAACUGUUGCUUCCAAACAGAAUGAAUCCAAGGGCUGUAUAAUAUCCAAUGUUGAUUCUAUUGCAGAAAGAAUGCCUCUGAACAAACAUAAUGAAUCUAGGGGUUGCAUAAUAUCUCAUGUCGAUUCUAUUGCAGAAAGAAUGCCUCUGAAUAAUGAUUCUGUAUGUCCAUCAUCCAGACCGUCCAGCCAACAAUUCAAGCCUAGGACAAAUGAAUCAUCCAUGGUCAAGCAUUGCAGUCAAUCUGAAGAUCAUAUGACAUCAGUCAGGGAUAGGAUGUCAUCAAAGUCAAAGGCAAGUAUUACAUCAAGCAGAAGAACCACAUCGCUGGCAAAUGCUGUGGGUGGGACCAAGAACUUUGUUGCUUUAAAUAGAAGUCUUAAUGGCUGCAGUAGAGGGAAGCUGCCCGCAAAAGUUGAAAAUUCUAAGUUUGGCCUAGAAAGAAAGUCUGGAUGUGAAGAUUUUUCAUCACAAUCAAGUACCUCACCAAAGAAAAGGAGGACUGCUCACGUGAGUGGACAAAUUGAAAGAAAAGCUUCUGUAGAUUCACCUGCUCCAAAACAACGCUCCCAUCCGUGUGAUAAAUUGUCUAGAACAAGUUCAAGGCUUGAAAGCAAACCUCUCCCCACAAAGCAGCCUCGUGCUGGUAAUAGAUUAGCUGGUCGUAGAGAUGCUGCUGAAAGAGUUUGCAAAAGGGAUAAUGACAUUGUUUCUUUCACCUUUAAUUCUCCAGUAAGACAGGAAACCAGAGUUGCAACGGAGACGAAUGAGGAGGGUAUGUCAAAUGAGAGAAACGUAUCUUCCCAAAAGCCAUCCUUGUUUGGAGGAGAUGCUUUAGAUAUACUGGAACAAAAAUUAAUCGAAUUAACUUCUCAAGGAGAUGAUGAGUCGGCAUCUCCAUUGAAGAAACCUGCUUCUGUAAUCAUUCAAGAACUGAUAGCUGCCAUAGCAGCUGCACGGAAAGUUUCAUUGGAGGGUUCCACAGUCAAUAUGGAUGUAACUUACUGUGAUGAUUCGAGGGAAGAAAAAAUCACAAACAUUUCCAAAGGACGAGAUCAACUUAGCCCUGGUUCUGUUCUCGAAGCUUCAUUCUCAUCCAGCAGCAUGGAUGAGAGCUCAGGAUGCAGAAUUCCAGCGGAGUCUGUUGAUUGUUCUAUUGAUCGACCGCAACUGUCUGAAUCUGAUUCCGAUCUUUUAGAUUCUGCAACCUCCUUGAGCGAAGGGAAUGCUGGGAGUGAAAGGUUGACAGAAGUCUUUAAUGCUAUUGCUAGCAUACUGCAAAGCUACAACUUUACCGGCAUAAAACUGACAGGGAGUAAGCUUGCUCGUGCAAAAGAGGUUAUGCUCAACACUGAAAUUUUAUUCGGCAGGGAUGAAAAUAACCUUAUCAUUUUGCCACUUUUUAUUGACGAACUGGAAACAUUCACGUGCGAAAUGUGGACAAACUCUAGCGAAAUUAGCAGUUUGGAGGACAGCAAGGAGGUAAACCAUCUUAGAGGAUUUCUUUUCGACUGUCUGAUAGAAUGCCUAGACUCGAAACAUAGCCAACUAUACUAUGGUGGAUCCAAUGCUUUGAUAAGAACAUUGCCGAGGCAAAACGCAAGAUCAUUAAUCCGAGACGUCGAGAAGGAGAUCAAGAAAUGGGUAAAUUUUGUUGGGAUGUUGACAGAUGAGAUAGUAGAAUGGGAAAUGAGUCAUUCCUUGGGGAAAUGGAGUGAUUUUAGCAUUGAAGAAUUGGAGAGUGGGGCUGAAAUUGAUGGGUACAUACUUCAAGUGUUGGUUGAGGAAAUUGUAACAGAGCUUUGGGACUGCAGGAAGGGCUGAUCUUGAAUGUCAUAGUAAUGUAGGUUGUCUUUUGUGUGCAAUUUUUUUUGUACAAAUGGAUUGGAUAUGAAGGUUAAAUGUAAUUUGUAGAUGUGAAUUUGUGGCUCCAAUUGUUCUUGAAGCAUAAUUUUGGAAGCAGGCUUUGCUGCUCAAAACUCUCUGAUUUGUGCAUCUAAUUUGCACAGUGGGUUUCCUAUUAUGGUAGUUUUUGAGUUAAGCAGCUUA